UUAAUUCCCCUCGGCGGUGAGAUGAUUAAAGCCGUCUCGCCCUUCAAGGAUAGCACUGCGGCAGGGCGUCUGCUCAGCAAGCGCGGCCAUGGAGGCUAUAUGACCUGUUGCGGCAAACGUAGCCGCUGUAUAUCGAUGGAAAACUGCGCUAAGUUGCUUGCUAGCUAG